AUGGCUUCAAGGGCUAGGACAAGGCUCACUCCCUUUAUGGCGCGAAUCAGGGACUUUUUUUUGAUGCGUAAAUACAAUAAUGCUCAACGUUAUGAGGACCUUUCAUCUAAGCGUACACAACCUCCUCCAAAUCUGCCUCCGGGUGUCACACACAAAAUGUCUGGAAAUUACUACUAUACUCGGGACGUUCGUCGCGAAUGCAGUCCACCUACGGAAAUUUUUAGUGCUGGACCGAGACAAAUUGCGGGAGGGGAGAGCCAAGCUCCUACCCGUCCACUCAUCACCGACUUCACUCCUGGUUUCAAGCACAACUGGGAUGCAGAGAUCAAACGCUAG